AUGGAGGUAGAGGCGACCUUGGAUGGUGGCCUUGAUGUUGGAACGAUCGAGGACACGCACCAGCUCUUGACGUACAAGGUGCCUACUUGUAGCAGAAAAACGGCCAAGCUGGUACGACAUGUCUCGAGCUUUGCUUUGACCAGCCCGAAGAUGCUGCGUGUGACGCCGGCUCACCGCGCCCUCUGCGGUCUUGGAUACGCCAUGCGACAGGGUCCUUACUCAUCAACGGAGUGGUAUCACUUCAGCAGUGAGGCAGAGCAGAUCCCGCAGUUCUGGACGCACUCCUGGCGUGGCCGGGUUUGGUUCAAGAUCGCCCUGCUGCAUGUGAUCUGCAACGGUUUUGCCGCACUUGUUCUUGGGACUCUGGUGGUGGUGUUCACAUCCAUUCCAAUCGUUAAGUUGGGCCUAUCUAUCCAGUGGGCUCUCUUGGCUGGCUUGGUCACUUCCUGCCUUGGCCUGGUGCUCUGGCGCCCCUCUCGGAAGAUCUUCUUUGACAAGAUCUGCAUCGCACAGAAGGACCCAAAGCUCCAGGCGGAGGGAGUGGUCAACGUCGGUGCCGCCGUAAAGAACUCGCAGUCUAUGCUCGUUUGCUGGGAUCCCACAUACCUGAGCCGCUUAUGGUGCGUUCUGGAAGUGGCUGCUUUUCUGAAAACCCACGAGAAUGCGGCAGAGUUGAUCAUUCGGCCUACAAGCUGGGGCCCUUUGGCCAUCGUUCUGUUCGGCACAUUCUGGGCCUGGAGUGGAAUGUCGCAGUGGAACGCGAGCCUGAUCUUGGGCUCCCUGGAGUCCGAACAACUGGGGCCUAUGACGGUGGCACUGGUUUACUCCGCAGUCAACGCGGUUAACCACAUGCUCUUCAUGCCCUGGAUCUCCCACUUCUGGCGCAGCCACCUGAGAGACUUGGAGAAGGCUUGCACUCAGCUCUCGGAUUUCCGCUUCGACCGGGACGUAAGUUGCCACUGCUGUGCCAUUGGACACGUGAAUCCAAUAACGGGCAAGGCGAUGAUUUGCGACCAUGAGACCAUAGGAGAAUGCCUUCGCAUUUGGUUUGGGUCCACCAGCGAGUUUGAGCAGGUCAUUCGCGACAGGGUGGCGCCGACUUUCAAGCAGAGUUUUCGGAAGCACCCCUUGCCAUACAACUGGAUUCUUGGUGCCACGGUCCCAACGCUCUGGAUCAGCAUCUGCAAUGCCGUGCAGGCAGCUCAUGAUGGGUCAGAUUUCCUGGCCUUGCAGAUAUUCUGCAACCUUUCGUUUUGGUUGGCUGGCUUUCCUAUCCUUCUUCACAUCGAGCGACUUGGCAGAGCUUCGUAUAGGGGCCUUCAUAGUUAG